CACCAUUUGGUACUGUCCUCUCCAGACCCUCACUUUGCUUUGCAUAUCGUUGAAAAAAAGGCUUGUUUCUGCUUUGAUCCUACCUACACCCUGCAUUAUUGUUCUUGUACUAACUGUAGAAUCUACGUGGCCGUAUCAAUUGAUUCAUGCGAUGAAGAAAACUCCAAAACGAGCUAAUUCUUUUGCGAAUCUCCUUGCUUUUGGUAGGUAAAUAGCAAGCGAGUUUAUUGGCAGUGGUGGCAAUAAUGUCAAAAGCCGGAGCGCUGGAUCUGGCGGCGGGCGUUGGAGGAACGAUCCAGAGAAGCGAAGUCCUCUGCGCCGUUGACAAGUAUGAGAAGUAUCAUGUCUGCUAUGGAGGUGAAGAGGAAGAAAGGAAAACUAACUACAGUGACAUGGUCAACAAAUAUUAUGAUCUUGUUACCAGCUUCUAUGAGUAUGGCUGGGGAGAGUCCUUCCAUUUUGCACGCAGAUGGAAAGGAGAGUCUCUACAAGAGAGCAUGAAGAGACAGGAACACUUCCUGGCGUCGCAGCUAGCCUUAAAACCGGGUUACGAGGUGCUGGAUGUAGGGUGUGGAAUUGGCGGACCCCUCAGGGAAAUAGCUCGAUUCAGCUUCGCAUCUAUUACUGGAUUAAACAACAACGAGUACCAGAUAACAAGGGGAGAGGAACUGAAUCGCGCUGCAGGCGUGGACAAGACAUGCAAAUUUGUUAAGGCUGAUUUCAUGCAUAUGCCAUUCUCUGACAAUACUUUUGAUGCGGUUUAUGCAAUUGAAGCUACCUGCCAUGCACCCGACAUUUAUGGAUGUUACAAAGAGAUUUACAGAGUAUUAAAGCCUGGGCAGUAUUUUGCUGCAUACGAAUGGUGCAUGACUGAUUCAUUUGAUCCGCACAACAAAGAGCACCAAGAUAUUAAGGCAGAGAUUGAGAUAGGAAAUGGCCUCCCAGACAUCCGGCUGACUGGGCAAUGCAUUGAAGCUCUAAAACAAGCAGGUUUUGAGGUCAUAUGGGAGAAAGAUCUAGCCGAAGAGUCUCCGGUCCCUUGGUACCAGGUUCUGGACGGAAACCAUUUCUCCUUGAGUAACUUCCGCGUGACACCACUUGGGCGUUUCAUUACCAGAAUCAUGGUCGAAGCUCUCGAGUGCGUGGGGCUAGCCCCAGAAGGAAGCCUAAGGGUGCUAAAAGUUCUGGAGAGGGCUGCGGAGGGCUUAGUCAAAGGCGGAAGGAUGGGGAUCUUUACGCCGACUUACUUCUUCUUGGUUCGGAAGCCUCAAUGUGAGAGUUCGGUAAUGACGCAGGGAUCGUGCUAAUUGAACUUAUGACGAAGAAAUGGUGUCGUCCGGAGUUGGAAUGGCCCGAUCACCUCUUUUGAAUUUGAGCGUGAGAGUGUGGCUUGUAAAGUUCGCUUUUCAGUUGCUCGUGGGAGUUGUGUUUCUAUUAGACUUGGUGUCUGCUGCUAUUGGAUCUUUUACAGGAACAUCUUAUUGUGCGAAACAUCAAUCACCAUGUCCAUUGUAUCUCUUCUUAGUUUGUGCAAUGGUAUGAACUGUUGUACCUAUUGAUUCUUGCUAUUCGGCAAUUAAACAGAUUACGGAUUUCCUGCA